UUCUUCCUCUCCUUCUCCUUCCUCUCUCUCUCUCUCUUGGUUCGCCCCCUAAUAAACCCUUUCUCUCUCUCUAGCAAGUGAUUCGUUCUCGAAAAUAGAACACUCUUCACGACAACAAAAACAACACCGUAGUCUUUGAAGAAUUUCGUAGAGUCUAUCGUACGCCGCCUGCGCACUCGAUCCACCUGCGCAGAGCUCUAGUUGCACGGCGGUUAUCUUCUCUGUUGGGAAUCGACUGAUUCUGUGCGCUGAAGCAAAACUUUUUUGGCAAAUAUGAGUGUGGCUGGUUUUGAUCUUGGGAAUGAGAGCAGUGUUGUUGCUGUUGCAAGGCAAAGAGGGAUUGAUGUUGUACUCAACGAUGAAUCAAAGCGUGAGACUCCUUCAAUUGUUUGCUUCGGUGACAAGCAGCGCUUCCUUGGAACAGCUGGUGCUGCGUCAAGUUUGAUGAAUCCAAAGAACACGAUUACUCAGAUUAAGCGGCUGAUUGGCCGCCAGUUCUCAGAUCCUGAGCUGCAACGUGAUCUGAAGGCAUUGCCUUUUGCUGUGACCGAAGGGCCUGAUGGAUACCCUUUGAUCCAUGCACAGUAUUUGGGAGAAGUAAGAACAUUUACACCGACCCAGGUAUUGGGAAUGGUGUUCUCAGAUUUGAAGAGUAUAGCUGAGAAGAAUUUGAAUGCGGCAGUAGUAGAUUGCUGUAUUGGGAUACCUGUUUAUUUCACUGAUCUCCAACGAAGAGCGGUCAUCGAUGCAGCUACAAUAGCGGGUUUGCAUCCUCUUCGUUUAAUUCAUGAGACCACUGCUACGGCUUUGGCAUAUGGAAUUUAUAAGACCGACUUGCCUGAAAAUGACCAAUUAAAUGUUGCAUUUGUUGACAUUGGGCAUGCUAGUAUGCAGGUUUCCAUUGCUGGCUUCAAGAAAGGCCAGCUGAAGAUAUUGGCCCAUUCAUUUGAUCGGUCUCUUGGUGGCAGAGAUUUCGAUGAAGCUCUAUUCCAGCACUUUGCUGCAAAAUUCAAGGAUGAGUACAAGAUCAAUGUUCUCCAGAAUGCAAGGGCUUGCCUCCGUCUUCGUGCUGCUUGUGAAAAGCUGAAGAAGGUUCUUAGUGCAAAUCCGGUGGCACCUUUGAAUAUAGAAUGCUUGAUGGAUGAGAAGGAUGUUAGGGGUAUCAUCAAGAGAGAUGAGUUUGAACAAAUCAGCAUUCCAACUUUGGAACGCGUGAAAAAGCCAUUGGAGAAGGCUCUUGCAGAGGCUGGUCUCACGGUUGAGAACAUCCACUCUGUUGAAGUUGUUGGUUCAGGAUCACGUGUUCCUGCUAUGAUCAAGAUAUUGACGGAUUUCUUCGGAAAGGAGCCUAGACGAACGAUGAAUGCAAGUGAGUGUGUUGCUAAAGGCUGCGCUCUACAAUGUGCAAUUCUUAGUCCCACAUUUAAAGUGAGGGAGUUUCAGGUCAAUGAGAGCUUUCCUUUUCCAAUUGCUAUGUCAUGGAAAGGCUCUGCUCCAGAUACUCAGAAUGGAGCUGCAGAUAAUCAGCAAAGCACUAUUGUUUUCCCCAAGGGUAAUCCUAUACCUAGUGUGAAGGCUUUGUCAUUCUACAGAUCUGGCGCGUUCACAAUCGAUGUACAAUAUGCUGAUGUCAGUGAAUUGCAGGCACCGGCAAAGAUCAGCACAUAUACGAUUGGUCCUUUUCAAUCCACAAAGAGUGAACGGGCAAAGUUGAAGGUUAAAGCUCGCCUAAAUCUUCAUGGCAUUGUGUCAAUCGAGUCAGCGACACUCUUGGAAGAAGAGGAUGUUGAAGUUCCUGUUGUUAAAGAGAUGGCUAAAGAAGCUACUAAGAUGGACACUGAUGAAAUCCCAACUGAAGCUGCUCCCAGUGGUAGCUACGAAACUGAUACAAAAAUGCAAGAUGCCAAAGGUUCUGCCGAUGUUUCUGAGGCAGAGAAUGGUGUACCAGAAUCAGGGGAAAAGCCUGUCCAAAUGGAAACUGAUGCAAAGGUUGAGGUUCCAAAGAAAAAGGUGAAGAAAACAAACAUCCACAUAUCGGAGUUGGUUUAUGGAGCAAUAUCACCUGUAGAUCUGCAAAAAGCGGUGGAGAAAGAGUUUGAAAUGGCUUUGCAGGAUCGUGUUAUGGAAGAAACAAAAGACAAGAAGAAUGCAGUGGAGGCCUACGUUUAUGACAUGAGAAAUAAGCUUUAUGACAAAUAUCAAGAGUUUGUCACUGAUUCAGAGAGGGAAGAGUUUAUUGCUAAGCUUCAGGAGGUGGAAGAUUGGUUGUAUGAAGAAGGUGAGGAUGAAACCAAAGGUGUAUAUAUUGCCAAGCUCGAGGAGCUCAAGAAGAAAGGUAAUCCAAUUGAGGAGCGUUGCAAGGAGUAUUCAGAGAGGGGAUUGGUGAUUGAUCAACUUAUUUAUUGUAUCAAUAGUUAUAGAGAAGCUUCGGCGUCGAAUGAUCCUAAAUUUGAUCACAUCGAUUUGGCAGAGAAGCAGAAGGUUUUGAAUGAGAGUGUGGAAGCGGAGGCUUGGUUGAGAGAGAAAAAACAGCAGCAGGACUCGCUCCCCAAACAUGUCACUCCAGCUCUCUUGUCAGCUGAUGUUAGAAAGAAGGCUGAAGCACUUGACAGGUUUUGCAGGCCAAUUAUGAUGAAGCCAAAACCCGCCAAGCCAGCAACUCCUGAAACGCCAUCGCCAGCACCUGCACAGGGAAGUGAGUCAGAGUCUCAGGGUGCACAGAAUACCGACAACCACCCCAAUGCCAACUUUAAUGAGAAUGCUGCAGCUGGCAGUGGUGAGGCACCACCAGCUGCUGCUGAGCCGAUGGAGACUGACAAGGCUGAAAGUGCACCUGCCACUGCAUAAAUCAGCGGACCUAUUUUUUGGUUUUUUGUCAUAUACAACCCAAAUUGGUCAUUCGUAUAACUAUUACCAUUUCAGUCACUCUUUGGUAUGUCCAACCUCCAAUGGCCAGCGGCUAUGGGAUGUUUUGUUGAUCCGAUGGUUUGUGUUCAUAAAGCCCUCUUUGUCCGAUGGUUUGGCAAUUUCUGGUAUUUGAUAGUUUAGGUCUCUAUAAUACUCCAAGAGGAUUUUGUAAUUGGAAAGUUAAAUUGUUUUCCAUCUUCCUUUCAACGCUUUUUGUUGUGGGGACAAAAAAAAAAAAAAUCCAUAUUUAAAUUUAAAGGUGCUUUCAAGUGUGAUUUAUUUAGUCCUGCUCGUUUACUGCAGGUUUCCAUGUUGUAUUAAAAAUUUAGAACACUGUUGUUUGAGUUUAAAAGAUUUUGGAAUUCUUCUUUCUUCUA